GGGGGUGGGCCCUUCUUCCAAUGCAGCUUGCUUUUCUCAUCAGCAUUCUCCUCGCAGGGCCCCCCAGCCCCGACCAAUACGAUCUCCCCCUCCCCUACUCCCCUCCCUCCUUGCUCCCUGCCUACCUCCCUCCCUUCCUCCAGUCCGCCCUCCUCCCUGCCUCCCUCCCUCCAUCUCUCCCCUCCACCACCACCACCACCACCACCCCCCGCGCUCCAGGACCCAGCGCGGGCGGGCAGGCGGCGGCCUAGGAGGGGAGAAGGAGCGGUGGCGGCAGCGGUAGUAGCGGCCGGCCGGCAGCAGGGAGGCAAGCCCGGCUGGGGACACGGAGCCGCCGGCGGCUGCUGCUCACAGGGAACCAGAGUCCGCGGCCAGGCCCUCCCACCGAGAGAGGGCCGCCCCCGGGACACCCCACCCUCCUCCGCCUUCCCGUUCCACCUGCUUCUCUCCAUCCUCUCCUCCCACCUCGUCCCUCCACCUCGUCUGCCCCCUUCUUGGUCUGUCCAAGGCUGCCAGUUACCCUGUCCUCGCCAGCCCGGUCACUGCUCGGCCUCUCCUGGCCCCCAAGCAUGCUUUUCCCCUGGGGACUGAGGGCUUGAGGACUCCAGGCCCUAGCUUCAUCCAGGGCAGGGCCAAGGCUCUGGGGGGAGGGGGGGAAGGGGGCGGCCCCCUCCCCCCCAGCAGGCCCUCCCCUCCCCCACUUCUCCCGAUGGCCGGCUUUCUUUUCUCCACCCAGUCCUCACCCCCUGUGCCCCCCCCAGGCCGGCCCGGCUAGGGGAGGGGGCGGGGGCCCUUUCCUGGGCCGGCUUCCCCCUCCCCCGGCUUUGCCUGUGCCCCCCUCCCUUCCGUUUUCACCUUCCUCUCCUCCUUUCCUCCCUCCUUCCCCUCCGUUUGCUCCUUCCCCCUCUCCUCUCUCCCCUUCUCUCCUCCAUUUUCUCCUUUCCCCUUCCUCCCCUCCUGGCCCGCCCUUUGCUUUUCCACCUGUCCUUCCUCCCCGCUGCUGGGGAGACAUCGUUUUGGAUUAGUUGGAGGCCACCACCGGCGGCGGGGGAGGGGGCCCAGUGGACUGCCCUCUCCCCCGGCCCCAGCCUCACCAGCACCCAGAAUCGGAGCAUCUCCUGGUUGUGGUUCUUCGGGCCUCGAGGGAGCCCAGCCCUCCGUCCCACCAGGAUCCGUGGCAAGUGGGGGCCGCGGCAGCUGCGUCCCCAUGAGGAGAAGAGGAAGAUGCCGGCUGAGCUGCUGCUGCUGCUGAUAGUUGCCUUCGCCAACCCCAGCUGCCAGGUGCUGUCAUCACUGCGCAUGGCUGCAAUCCUGGACGACCAGACCGUGUGUGGCCGUGGUGAGCGUCUGGCCCUGGCCCUGGCCCGGGAACAAAUCAACGGGAUCAUCGAGGUCCCAGCCAAGGCCCGAGUGGAAGUUGACAUCUUUGAGCUGCAGCGGGACAGCCAGUACGAGACCACGGACACCAUGUGUCAGAUACUGCCCAAGGGGGUCGUGUCUGUCCUGGGACCCUCCUCCAGCCCAGCUUCUGCCUCCACCGUGAGCCAUAUCUGUGGGGAGAAGGAGAUUCCCCACAUCAAGGUGGGUCCUGAGGAGACGCCCCGCCUUCAGUACCUUCGCUUCGCAUCUGUCAGCCUGUACCCCAGUAAUGAGGACGUCAGCCUGGCCGUCUCCCGAAUCCUCAAGUCUUUUAACUACCCCUCGGCUAGCCUCAUCUGCGCCAAGGCUGAGUGCUUGCUACGAUUGGAAGAAUUGGUACGAGGCUUUCUCAUCUCUAAGGAGACACUGUCAGUGAGGAUGCUGGAUGACAGCCGGGACCCCACGCCGCUGCUCAAGGAGAUCCGAGAUGACAAAGUCUCUACCAUCAUCAUUGAUGCCAACGCGUCCAUCUCCCACCUGGUCCUCCGUAAGGCUUCGGAGCUAGGAAUGACCUCAGCGUUUUACAAGUACAUCCUUACCACCAUGGACUUCCCUAUCCUGCAUCUGGAAGGUAUAGUAGAGGACUCUUCCAACAUCCUGGGCUUUUCCAUGUUCAACACCUCCCAUCCCUUCUACCCGGAGUUUGUGCGCAGUCUCAACAUGUCCUGGAGAGAGAACUGUGAAGCCAGCACCUACCCCGGGCCUGCGCUGUCUGCCGCCCUGAUGUUUGACGCUGUGCAUGUGGUGGUAAGCGCUGUCCGAGAGCUGAACCGAAGCCAGGAGAUUGGCGUCAAGCCACUGGCCUGUACUUCGGCCAACAUUUGGCCCCAUGGGACCAGCCUCAUGAACUACCUACGCAUGGUAGAGUAUGAUGGGCUGACCGGGCGGGUUGAGUUCAACAGCAAAGGGCAGAGGACCAACUACACACUGCGCAUCCUAGAGAAGUCCCGCCAGGGCCACCGUGAGAUAGGGGUGUGGUACUCGAACAGGACCCUGGCCAUGAAAGCCACUACCCUGGACAUCAACCUGUCACAGACUCUAGCCAACAAGACACUGGUGGUCACGACUAUCCUGGAGAACCCGUAUGUCAUGCGCAGGCCUAACUUCCAGGCCUUGUCUGGGAACGAGCGCUUCGAGGGCUUCUGCGUGGACAUGCUUCGGGAGCUGGCGGAGCUACUGCGCUUCCGGUAUCGCCUGCGGUUGGUAGAGGAUGGACUGUACGGGGCACCUGAGCCAAAUGGCUCCUGGACAGGCAUGGUUGGCGAGCUCAUCAACCGGAAGGCAGACUUGGCUGUGGCAGCCUUCACCAUCACCGCGGAGCGGGAGAAAGUCAUCGACUUCUCCAAGCCCUUCAUGACCCUGGGGAUCAGCAUCCUCUACAGAGUGCACAUGGGCCGCAAGCCUGGCUAUUUCUCCUUCCUGGACCCCUUCUCCCCUGCUGUGUGGCUCUUCAUGCUUCUUGCCUACCUUGCUGUCAGCUGUGUCCUUUUCCUGGCUGCCAGGCUGAGCCCUUACGAGUGGUACAAUCCUCACCCAUGCCUUCGGGCGCGUCCCCAUAUCCUGGAGAACCAGUACACGCUGGGCAACAGCCUCUGGUUCCCUGUGGGUGGCUUCAUGCAACAGGGCUCGGAGAUCAUGCCCCGGGCGCUGUCCACGCGCUGUGUCAGCGGAGUCUGGUGGGCCUUCACUUUGAUCAUCAUCUCCUCCUACACGGCCAACCUGGCCGCCUUCCUCACGGUGCAGCGCAUGGAGGUGCCUGUGGAGUCGGCUGACGACCUGGCGGAUCAGACCAACAUUGAGUACGGCACUAUCCACGCCGGCUCCACCAUGACCUUCUUCCAGAACUCACGGUACCAGACAUACCAGCGGAUGUGGAACUACAUGCAGUCAAAACAGCCUAGUGUGUUUGUCAAGAGCACCGAGGAAGGAAUUGCCCGAGUCCUCAACUCCCGUUACGCCUUCCUACUGGAGUCCACCAUGAAUGAGUACCACCGGCGCCUCAAUUGCAACCUCACCCAGAUCGGGGGCCUCCUCGACACCAAGGGCUAUGGCAUCGGCAUGCCGCUGGGCUCCCCAUUCCGGGAUGAGAUCACGCUGGCCAUCCUGCAGCUCCAAGAGAACAACAGGCUGGAGAUCCUGAAGCGCAAGUGGUGGGAGGGCGGCCGGUGCCCCAAGGAAGAGGACCACAGGGCCAAAGGUUUGGGCAUGGAGAAUAUUGGAGGUAUUUUUGUUGUGCUCAUCUGUGGCCUCAUCAUUGCUGUCUUCGUGGCGGUCAUGGAAUUCAUCUGGUCCACGCGGAGGUCAGCGGAGUCCGAGGAGGUGUCGGUGUGCCAGGAGAUGCUGCAGGAGCUGCGCCACGCCGUGUCUUGCCGCAAGACGUCGCGUUCCCGCCGGCGCCGGCGCCCGGGCGGCCCGAGUCGGGCCCUGCUGUCGCUGCGCGCGGUCCGUGAGAUGCGACUCAGCAACGGCAAGCUCUACUCGGCCGGCGCGGGCGGGGACGCGGGCGCGCACGGGGGUCCGCAGCGCCUCCUGGACGACCCGGGGCCUCCCGGGGGGCCCCGGCCCACGGCUCCCACGCCCUGCACGCACGUGCGCGUCUGCCAAGAGUGCAGGCGCAUCCAGGCGUUGCGGGCUUCGGGGACCGGGGCCCCCCCUCGUGGCCUGGGCACCCCAGCCGAAGCCACCAGCCCGCCCCGACCGCGGCCAGGCCCCACUGGACCCCGCGAGCUGACCGAGCACGAAUGACCGUGGACGGGGCCGGGCAUACGCCCCAACUGACUUCAGGGACGCGACGCGCCCCAGGUGGACAGGAAGCCGCGAUUUUGCCUUCAGUUCCCGGUGAAUUCCAGCCCAGCUCCGGAGCCGGCCUGCGCCCCCUAGUGGACUCGAGCGAGGGUGUCGCAGACACCCGCAUUCCAUCCCGCACCGAGGGCGGGAGGAGCGCAGAGACCGAGGACUCCAAGGGCUGGGGACUGUGGGGGCCGCUCCCGGAGUUGGAAAGCUGUCCGCGGGGAAGACCCCAACCUGGGACUGCUCAGACGCCCCAAGACUUGACACGGCUCUCCACACUUCUGGAGGUGGGGAGGGCCUCUGGACAUGUGGGUGUCUCCUGGUGCCCCUCCUCUCUUCUCUUUCUCUCUUUUUUGGGGGGAGAAACCUCAGAUUUCUAUGAGACGCCCCCAGGGAGAGGGUCAGUUGGGCCCCUAUAUCUCCCCCUGCCACAUCUCAGUCCCUGUUGGAAUAAAAAAAGAACAAA